GCUAGGAGUAUCUUCUGUGUAAGCUCCAAUGGUGUUCCCAAGUGACUUUGUUUAUUACAGUUGGGCCAACAUAAGGUGGAUUGCUAGCUGCUGAUUCCUCUUCUGGCACCCAACCUCGAUAUGCUACGUGUUCACUGCCACUAACAAUGACCAUGACCCUUCACACAAAAACCUCUGGUGUUGCCUUGUUGCACAGGAUACAAGGCACUGAACUAGAGACUCUGAGCAGAUCUCAGCUGAAGAUUCCCCUGGAUCAACCGCUCAACGAAAUGUAUGUGGAGAGCAGCAAAACUGGCGUUUUUAGCUACCCAGAAGGCACCACUUAUGAUUUUUCCACCACUGCACAACCAGUGUACAGCUCAACCAGCCUUAGUUAUGCCCCUACAUCGGAAACAUUUGGGUCCAACAGCCUGGGAGGGUUUCCCUCUCUGAAUAAUGUUCCUCCUAGCCCUGUUGUGUUUUUACAGACAGCACCACAACUCUCACCUUUUAUUCAUCACAACCAGCAGGUACCGUACUACCUUGAAAAUGAAUCGGGAAACUUUUCAGUGAGAGAUGCUGCUCCCUCAGUCUUCUACAGGCCCGGCUCAGAUAACAGACGUCACAGUGGCAAACAGCAAAUGGCUUGCUCCAGUGAAAAGGGAAGCUUGUCUAUGGAAUCUGCCAAGGAGACCCGCUUCUGUGCUGUGUGUAAUGACUAUGCUUCAGGCUACCACUAUGGCGUUUGGUCCUGUGAGGGCUGCAAAGCUUUCUUCAAAAGAAGUAUCCAAGGUCACAAUGACUACAUGUGUCCUGCUACCAACCAGUGCACCAUUGACAAGAACAGAAGGAAAAGCUGCCAGGCGUGUAGGCUACGAAAAUGCUAUGAAGUUGGCAUGAUGAAAGGUGGGAUUCGGAAAGACCGCAGAGGUGGCCGCAUGAUGAAACACAAACGACAAAGAGAUGAGCAUGAUGGCAAGACGGGAGGGAUUACAUUUGAAGCCAGAAGUCCCACACUCUGGACAAGCCCCGUGGUUAUUAAACAUACUAAGAAAAAUAUUCCAACCCUGUCUCUGACUGCAGACCAGAUGGUCAGUGCCUUGCUAGAUGCCGAGCCACCCGUUGUCUACUCAGAAUACGACUCCAGCAGGCCUUUCAGUGAAGCUUCUAUAAUGUCACUGUUGACUAACCUUGCUGACAGAGAGCUGGUACACAUGAUCAACUGGGCCAAAAGGGUACCAGGUUUUGUGGAUUUAUCACUCCAUGAUCAGGUACAUCUACUGGAAUGUGCUUGGCUAGAGGUACUGAUGAUUGGCUUAUGCUGGCGUUCCAUGGAGCACCCUGGAAAGCUGUUGUUUGCUCCUAACCUAUUAUUGGACAGGAAUCAAGGGAAAUGUGUUGACGGCAUGGUGGAAAUAUUCGACAUGCUGUUGGCCACUGCUACUCGAUUCCGAAUGAUGAAUCUUCAGGGGGAAGAAUUUGUGUGCCUUAAAUCCAUCAUUCUGCUCAAUUCUGGUAUCUAUACAUUUCUUUCCAGCAGUUUAAGAACAUUGGAAGAAAAAGACCAUAUCCAUUGUGUGCUAGAUAAAAUUACAGACACCUUGACACAUUUGAUAGCCAAAUCUGGUCUCUCUCUGCAGCAACAGCAUAGACGAUUGGCCCAGCUUCUCCUCAUCCUUUCCCACUUCAGGCAUAUGAGCAAUAAGGGAAUGGAGCACCUGUACAACAUGAAGUGCAAGAAUGUGGUCCCCCUGUAUGAUUUAUUGCUGGAAAUGCUAGAUGCUCAUCGUCUGCAUGCCGCACAGAACACACCCCAAGGAGAAGAAGAGCCUAUGAACAAACUGGCAACCACAUCCACUUCAGCGCAUUCCUUGCAGUCUUGCUAUGUGAACAAAAUGGAAGAUGAGAAUGAGCAAGAAGCAAUAUGAGAGUCCCCAUUUCAAACAGCCUAUAGGUUUCUGAGAAUCCCAUCAGAAAGCUACCUACUUCAGGCUUAGCUGAACUGGUACCAUGUGUGUAAGCACUCCAAUGCUCGCCAGUCACCAGUGAUUCCCAAAACAUUGCUUACUGAGCUCCUUAGUGGAAAAACAUCAUUCUGGACAUACUACAAGGAUUCAAAGGCAAUCCUCAGUGCCAGUUGUAUGGUGACACUUGGUAAACCCACUCAAGAGGAUUCCUAUAGCAUUUUUGCUGGUAUCAGAAUGAGAAUUCAGGUGCCAUUGACCCUUUCCUUUCAGCAGGCAAAGAUUGCAGCUGAAUUUUGAGUAGGUGAUGUUUACAUGUAAUGUUUAUUGGCUGUUGGGUAACCACAAGAAUGCUACACCAAAUUCACUAAAGUCAGUGAUUCUAAAAAGUUUAUUCAUUUUCCUGGAACCUCCCUCACUCAAUAUUUAUCAUUUCCUUCUGGGUUUUUCUUCAUUUACAAAUUGACUCAAAAUACAGCUAUAUGAAUUUUAUCUUGUCAGAAAAACUGUUUAGGACAGUUAGAACUGCUGUUUUAAGCAAGAAAUCCACCAAAUAACUUUGGGGAAUAACCAUGGGUACUAGGUUGCAGCAGUACCCAUAAUUCUUUGUCUUAGCAUUACAGAGAUUAUCCCAGUCAAGAUGGAGGAGAUAGUUUUAUGCUCAUAUGAAGAACUCUCUGUUGGACCAGAUCCAACUCUUUACUUCACCUGAACAAGACAAAUGCCUCUAUUAACUAUCACAGUCUGGUCUAAAUUAAAGGAUUUUGAUAUAAGACUAUCCUUCCUAUAGUUGUCUGGGAAUCUCCUCUGCACUGACAAUUAAAGGAAUUAAUAGCCACCAAUUGGGAUUUUAAUAUAAAUCAAUUGCUUAUCACCCUGGAUGCCUUUGGGUGAAAAUAAAUCAUAUACAUAAACAUAUAUACACAAACACAUAUAGUCCAGUUCAUAUACUACCUGAGAGACAUGUCAUCUCAGGCUCAUACACUACCCAAGAGACAUAUUUGGUGCUUUCCUGUGGCUACAUCCCAAGACCAGUGGCAUAAACGUGGGGGGGGGGGAGGUCAUGUGAGAAGUUUUCACAUCAGGGCUUCUGGCCCUCUGGGAGGUAUUUUCCCAUGUGACUCACCCCUCCAUUUGAAGUUGCCAUUUUAGAUUGGCAAUAGAGUAGCAUGGAAUACAGUCAUAGGACAAUUGCACCAUUCCUAAUUGGGGAUGGUAUAACUUGGGCUUUUUUUUUAAAAAAAAUGACAUCCUAACUAUGGUUCUGUUUCAGCCAUUGUAGGUCUGUUUAAUUCAAUCAAUACUGCACAGGUGGAAAAGAGUUUGGAUCUUUAGGUAACACAAGUGAUGCCUCUUCAUAUUGUAUACUCCCCAGUAUACAAAAUGCAACUGAACUUAGUGCUGAGAAACCACUUGCAGACAGGAGAAGCAAAGAAAGUAAAGGAUGCUUUGUGUUGCGUUGCACCAGAGGUCACAGUCUGCUAUUUGUCCAUGCUCAAACUGUCCCUAACCAAAGUGGCAAGUGCACAUUAUGGGGAGGGGCAGAAAAGAUUGACAUACGCAGAUAACCUCUUGCUGCUUUCCUUAUACGUUUGCCUUCCCUUUUGCCCAGAACCUACAAAAAGCAGUAAAGCACUAAUGUUGUGGAUAGUUUUCAUCUCGUCUUAAUUUAACUAUCUUAAGCUUCAUUUCCAGUGGCCUUGCUUUUUAUUACUGCAGCAAAGUAUUUGUCUUUUUGUGCAUUCAAUAGUAAAAAAAAUUAUGUUCUGAUAUUACCCAAAAACUAUUGGGGGCUACUAAGUGCCUUGUUUAAAAAUGAGAUGUUUAUUUUCAAGUGCUCAUGUUAUAGCUUAUUUCUGUAUUACUGAUACACUUGUGCGUAUUACAUUUCAUAAGCAAGAGAUAACAUUUAUAUGAGGCCCUCAGUUAAGACCCCAGUACUGUCCAUUUGUAUCAAAGUGCUUAUAAUCCCAGACAGAUGUAAGUCACUGCCCCUAUUUUACAAAGGGGUACUUUUAGCUAUUGUGCCACAUCCCCCCAUAUGAACAUAACUGUCCUGAAAGAGUUUCCCCAUUCUCUUUAAUGGAACUGGUAACCCCACUGAAGGCAAUCAGAGGGUUAUAUACCUCGUAGUAGUUCUUCCAUUAAAGGGAUAGGAAAACCAUUUUCAGGUGCAAGAGUUCCUUGGGUACCCGCAGAGCUCUGGUUUGGGUGACAGUGAGUACAACAGAAAUAAGCUAUCAUUGAUCAACAUACCUAGCAAAUGCCUUAGUUAUUCCAAACAAUAGCCCAAAUUAUUUAAGUAGAGCUAAAAUCAUGUUGGUAAUUUACAAAGCACUGAUUUUAAUAGACCCACUGAAAUCAUUAUUUUGGCAUGGAAAAUAAUGCAUGUUGGGGGCGGGGGGGAACAGCUUUAACAGAAAAAUAGCACUUCUCCAUCUUUAGCUUUAAUCCUUAAAAUAUGUAUCUUUGACAAGACCAGCUUGGGAGUCUAAGAGAGAAUGUACUGCCUUCUGUUGAAUUUGUUGAAGUUAAAGAAAAAUGCUAGAUGUCAAUAUAUUGUUAAUUUGCUAAAAGCAUAAUUAUUAAGCACCUUAAAUAAUGUGUGUGCUUGUAUGCAUACAUGCCAAGCUCACCUGUCAGACUACUGAAUGUAUCUGUUCUAUUUACCCAGUCAACAGACUGAAAAAAACACAAAGUCACAUUUCAUCUUUGUGCUUUUCAGCUAUCUUCUUUUGUAUGCAAUCAUUUGUGCCUAAGGCUUAGUGAUUGUUAGGAAUUCCUAUUUCAUACAGAUUUUUAUAUUGACAGUAGUCAAGCCAGCACUAACAUAAAAAGCCAAGUACUGAAUAUCUACCGAAUACAAGGGGAAAAAAUCUUUUAAUAAAGGAACGACAUUUGAGGCAGCUAAUUCUGCUUUUUGCCAAAAUAUUAGUCAUAUUGUCCAUAAAUAGUAUCUAAUGGGACAAGGAUUAUUUUUUAAAAAAAUGUUUGUACUUAAAUUUAAAACAAGAAGAAAUUUAAAACACCAUAGACGUAUAGAAAAUUAAAUAUGACUGUGUGCCAAAUCAGAAUAGAUCUGAUUAACAUGCCUUAUCUAAUGUCUGUUAAGAGACUUACUGUAGAGAACAAGGAUGCAGUAGAAGUAAUUUCUCCCCCUUUUGGGGGGAUAACUAUUAUGUUCCUAGCUGGGUAAUAACAAAGCCAUUCUUGUAGUUAGUGUGAUGUUGUGCACCCUCACUCAGAUGAAUCUCCCCUUGUGGACAAUCACCACCAAUAGUUCCUCCUCUGUGUGCCAAGGAAAUAGCUUUCUGUAUGCCCAACUCACAGAAAACAAGCACGGAUCUGCUGCUCUGCCUUCUGCAUGAUAAUGGGUGAGGUGCAGGGAUCUGAGUGGACCAGUGGAGCAGAACAGGCACCAUUCAGUGCAGAGCAGACAAACAACCUGCUCUUCCAGAUGGGCAAGCCACAGUUCAGUGCAAAGGUUCAUUUGCAUUAGAGGGGUGAAUGCUCAUCUAUGGUGAGCAUUACUAACUGCACACAGCACUCUUCUGUGUGUGGGCAUCUCUGGGAUGAGCCUGUUGUGGAUGAGCAACAAUUACAGCUGCACCUCCCUGACACUUCUGUGCAUGACAGCUUUUGCUGUUGCAAAACUGAUUAAAAGUUUAGUCUCAAAAAAUGUGAAGCAAGAAUAGCUCCAUUUAUGUAUAAGGAAGGUGACUCACAUUAAAGUUGUUAUACUUUGUAACAUAUUGCUAACAUUCCAGGCCAAGAAAUAGUGCAAUUUGCCUGAUUCUCCUAGACAAUUUCCAUGAACAUCUAACCUUUUAAAAAGUUCUCAUUCUGUAUGUAAUUAUAGAUCCAGUCUUGCUUCCCUGAAAAUCAGCUGGUUCUGUACUAACUAUAAUCAUAUACAACUAGUCUAACACUUCAAAUAGUUCCAGCAGUAGAGCCAUGUUAGACUACUGUGGCCAGCACAACAAACCUGGUGAGACAGAAGCCACUUCAUCAGAUGUGUGCAGAACAAGCAGCUCUGAAUGGGAUGCACAUUUCCAUCCACAUCAAAUGAUGCAUCUAGCCUGCUUAAUGGGGCCAAUACAAGCAUCAUAAUGUACAUCUUCCUUUCUGUUGGUUACACACAUGGAAAACCACUUCUGAUCUCUCCCUUGUGUUUGCCCUAUCUUUUUGGUGUAAGCAUAAGCCUUCAUUUUACACACACAGUUUCAAAGCUACUGCUUUUAAUGCCAAGGUAGGAGCUACUUUUAAAGCAAGCAAAGUUUUGAAAAUGCAGAGGCUCAAGCUCUCUUCUGCAGAAAAUGUCAGAUUAAUCAAUUACAUUACAAGCUAGCUAUUCUGAAAGCUCUUUUCAAGUGUACCGUGACUUUGUGAAGUGAGUCUUCAGAUCUGAAGUGAGUGCCAAGUGAAGACUUGAUCUUAACUCAGUGUUUUUAAGCUACCAGUCCUACCAUGUACAACAUAGUCAAAGUGGAGCUGUGACAAAAAACGUGGGGUACCAAAAACAGUUACAUUUUAAUUCAAGAAUGGAUGUAUUUAUGUCCUAAAUGUUGUUUUGUAUGUAAUCAUUGCCUUUUGAGGGGUAUUUCAAUUUUGCACUGUCCUAAAGUUUUUUUUAAAAAAACAAGAAUCUAACUUUUGCUUGCAUUCAAAUGUUCCUAAACUUAUAUGCUGCCAUGCUGCAAGCCUGUCUUUGAUAGGAAUGCUGUCCUGCUGUGCACUCUCCAAAAAUGCAAUGUACUCCGCAAACAAUCUUGAAGUGCCCAUCUAAAAAUUAUAAAGGGAUGCUAGUCAGAGAAUAAACUUAAAAAGCCACUUUAUGCCACCUCAUUGUACAUAUUUUUAAAUGAAGCUUUUUUGUGCACUAUGUUAUCCUUCAUUGUAAAAUGUUUUCUUUAUUAUGAGACUCAUGUGCCAUAACGUAUUUGGUGAAUUAUUCUGCUCUUUUUCUCAUGCUUAUAAUAGUGUAAUUGAUGUCUCUGUUUUGUUAGGUAUUGCUUUGUUUAAUGAAAGAAAACUUGUUUUCUUUUUCGCACCUUUGAAAGUAUGUUACAAACAGCUUCAGAAAAAAAAUCAGUAGGGUACCCAAUCCAUGCAAGAGUUUUUCUGCUUUGUUGUCAAAAUAAAUCAGUGAACUACA